AAACGACCCGUCCAUCUCCGUAGGCAUUUUGAUUCAAGCAAUGGUUAAAACUGCACUCAAGGCAACCAUACAUUGUAGCGUCACUCCAGUGUCCACCCAGGCUGUCACGCCUGCUGCGCUCAGCACCGCUACCGCCGGCGCGCCAUGGCAGCCAAGAAGGCCAGGACGAACGAGGAGUUUAUGGGUGAGUUUCGGAACGCUCAGAGCAUGGACGAUAAGCUGCUGGUGAUGUUCCGGGCGCAGGUGGACAACCAGACGUUCAACCAGCCAAAAUUCGGGGAGUUCGACCAGCGCAUGGACAUUUUCGAGGGCCGCCUGACCUUGCUCGAGGGUCGGUUCGCGAGUAGAGCAUCGGCUACCAGAACUACUGGGACUUCUUCGGGGAUUCCGGGGGGAGGAGGUCAUGGAGUUGGGGAUGGUCGAAACCAGUAUCAUCUGCCAGUGAGUGAGAGGACUAUGGUGUGUAUCGGGGGGGUCCAUCCCUACACGGAGGGCGCGGAUAUGAAGAACGCCUUGAAGGCUAUUUGACUCGAUGGGGAGAUUCAGUACUGACGAGCCUUGCUUCCCAGGGUGGGCAGGACGCGCAAGAUGACCUUCCACAGUAACUCGUUGAUGUGGGACGCCAUCAACGGUUACAAGGACAACAGCGACAAAAGUAUAAAGUUCAAUGGGUGGACGUGUGGAUGAACGUCGACCUCUCCGCUCAUGAGCGCAAGGCGUCCAAGAAAGUCCGGCGUCUGAUGGAGAUAUUGAAGCCGAUAUUGGGGCAGAGAGCCUCAUCUCGCGAUGGUCGUCCUGCGAGGUCCUCCGAGUCACGAGCAACCAGGAGAAGGGCCCGGUGUGUAAGAUGGACCCUGCGAGCAACCUCAUAUUUUGAGAGCCCUUGGCUGACAAGUACACGUCUUCCGACAUGAUGGGGGAAGUAGAGGAGGCUUUCAGACUGAUGCCUCUGCGAUGUGAGAUGAGGAGGGCCAGGCUUUGGCAGCCCAUUCGUUGAGCAUUCUGUCGUGGAGUCUCGGGGAUCAGAUGGGCUGAGUUGGCAGAGCUUUUCAGCCAGCUCGAACUAUGGCAUGACCAUUGGGACGUGCUCUUAAUUCGAAAGAGCUUGAUGGGAGGAUUGUUGUAGCGUCGUGUCUGGAUGGAGCAAUUGUGUGUUUUAUAUAAACGGCUGGUAGCCGUCAGCGGUCGGCACGCAAUGCGUUUGUCCGGAUCGCUUGUCCUCCUCCCCUUCUUCCUUUCCUCGCCUCGGACGUCGCUGAAACUCUGCUGCUCCCUCCUCGGUGCAUUUGGUGCCGGAGUUUGAGUUUUGCGGUUCGCUUCAGUUGACGUUCCAGCUUUCCUGGCGCAACGUCGUUCGGGAGCACUGCCCUUUGUGAUAUGACGCAGGCUGGCCAGAGGAUUCACCAUCGGAGCGGGGUUUGCGUCGCGCCGGAA